GGGCCGCCGGAGGGGCGCGGCGUGUGCAUCCGGGAGUUCCGCGCGGCGGAGCAGGAGGCGGCGCGCCGCAUCUUCUACGACGGCAUCAUGGAACGCAUCCCCAACACGGCCUUCCGCGGCCUGCGGCAACACCCGCGCACGCAGCUGCUCUACGCCCUGCUGGCGGCACUCUGCUUUGCUGUGACGCGGUCACUGUUGCUGACCUGCCUGGUGCCCGCCGGGCUGCUGGGCCUCCGCUACUAUUACAGCCGCAAGGUGAUCCUUGCUUACCUCGAGUGCGCGCUGCACACGGACAUGGCCGACAUAGAGCAGUACUACAUGAAGCCACCCGGCUCCUGCUUCUGGGUGGCUGUGCUGGACGGCAACGUGGUGGGCAUCGUGGCAGCACGGGGCCACGAGGAGGACAACACCGUGGAGCUGCUGCGUAUGUCCGUGGACUCGCGCUUCCGUGGCAAGGGCAUCGCAAAGGCACUGGGCCGCAAGGUGCUGGAGUUUGCGCUGGUACACAACUACUCGGCAGUGGUGCUGGGUACGACGGCCGUCAAGGUGGCCGCCCACAAGCUCUACGAGUCUCUGGGCUUCAGACACAUGGGCGCGAGUGACCGCUAUGUGCUGCCCGGCAUGACCCACUCGCUGGCCGAGCGGCUCUUCUUCCAGGUUCGCUACCACCGCUACCGCCUGCAGCUGCGUGAGGAGUGACCGCCCGCUGCCCACCUGCCCGCCUGCCUGCCGCUCCCGGCCGCCCACCCGCCCUCCCCACGUCCGCCUGCCUGCCACCUGCCACCUGCCACCGGUGUGGCCCUGCUUCCAGACGCUC